AUGAAGACCUUCGCCAUCAUCACCGCCGUCCUCGCCACGGCAGUCACGGCCGUGGACCUGCACCUCCAGAACUGGGGUGGCUGCAACGACCAGGGCGGCGGCUGGGUCUGCUACGGCAUCAACCCCAACACCUGCUGCAGCGUCAACGCCGGCACCUUCUUCGCCAGCGUCUCCUUCCGGGCCAUCCCCCACGAAUGGAACCUGCAGUGCCGCGGCCACGCCGGUCCCAACUGCGGCUCCAUCCGCGAGCAGCAGGACAGCGGCGGCCGCGACUACGUGUGCCUGGGCAACGGGCCUUUCGGCGGCUCCGGCUACGGCUUCAACAACAGGAAGAUGGUUCGCGGCGUCACCUCCGCCCUGGCCGCUCGCGGGGCCGACGGCCAGGAGUCGACCGGCUGCGUUGCUCCAGACCUCAUGUACCUCGCCGACGGCACCCAGUACAACUACACCGCCAUCGUCGAGGCCAAGCUGCCCACCGAGGAGCUGGUCGCGCUCAACAAGGCCGGCGCCUCGGCUGCCGAUAUCCCGGAGAGCUUUGCCACCUUCCAGCUUGCGGAGAAGCGCAAGCUGUAA